AUGUCUCCUGCUAUCGCCCAUGCCGGUGCUGGCGCCGCCUCCAAGGAUGUCAAGCGGGAGUCCGCGACUGCUCGUCUGCUCGGUUCCGGCUCUGCUGGUAUCGCCGAGUUGAUGGUCUUCCACCCCGUCGAUACCACGGCGAAGCGGUUGAUGAGCAACCAGACCCGGAUUACCUCCGCGGCGGAGUUCAAAAAGGUUGUUUUCAAGGAGUACGCCGAUGCCACCGUCGGCCGCAAGUUCACCUCCCUGUUCCCCGGUCUCGGAUACGCCGCUGGUUACAAGGUCCUCCAGCGUAUCUACAAGUACGGUGGUCAGCCCUUCGCCCGCGACUACCUCGCCCAGCACCACGGUGCUGCUUUCGAUAAUGCUUUCGGAAAGGGAACUGGCAAGGCCAUCAUGCACGCAACUGCUGGCAGUUUGAUCGGCAUUGGAGAGAUCGUCCUCCUCCCUCUGGACGUCCUGAAGAUUAAGCGUCAGACUAACCCCGAGGCCUUCCGUGGCCGUGGUCUGUUCAAGAUUAUCUCGGAUGAGGGUAUGGGUCUGUACCGUGGUGCCGGUUGGACUGCUGCCCGUAACGCCCCCGGUUCCUUCGCUCUCUUCGGUGGCUCUGCUUUCGCCAAGGAAUACAUCUACUCCCUCACGGACUACAACGCCGCUUCUUGGUCUCAGAACUUCGUUGCCUCCGUGUGCGGUGCUAGCGCCUCGCUCAUCGUCUCCGCUCCCCUGGACGUGAUCAAGACCCGUAUCCAGAACCGCAACUUCGAGAACCCCGAGUCCGGCUUCCGGAUCGUCUCCAACAUGAUGAAGCACGAGGGAUUCCCCUCCUUCUUCAAGGGCCUGACCCCCAAGCUCCUGAUGACCGGUCCCAAGCUGGUCUUCAGCUUCUGGCUCGCCCAGACUCUGAUCCCUGCCUUUGGCCAGGUUGUAUAG